AUGGCGCAUCUUCUUAGCGAGUUGGAUCGCUUCGAAGAGGAGAUGCGCGCGCUUGGUGCGGAAUCCGCUUCCGCCAAGGCCGCUCCGCCGCCCGCGCACCUCAUUGCGCAAGUGCCCCUUCCGCCCGCUCCGCCGCUCCCCGCUAAAGGCGCACCUCCCGUUUCCCCCGCUCCGCCUCCCCCUCGCCCACCUCCGCCGAUCCCCCCAGGCGCUUCUCCCGCACGGCCCUCCAUUUCCCCUUUGCCCGCCCCACCAGUUCCGCCUCCUUCCGCCUACUCCCCCGCGCCUCGUCCGCUUCCGCCACACGCCCUUCCUCCUCCACCUUCCGCGUUCCCCCCAACUCCGCCAUAUCGCCCCGGCGGUUCUUGGUCACAGUCUCCCGCCGCUACUCCCCCCGCUGCGCAUGUUCCGCCGUCCCCCCCUCUCCCCCCGCCAGCGUCAGGCUCAACCCCCCCGUUUCCGCGGUACCAAGCACCUCCGCGACCGUCGUUUCCGCCCAUUCCCCCACCUGCGCACGCAGUUCCGCCUUUCAGCAGCGGCGGGGGGGGACCCGCGCAAUUCCCCCCUCUUCCGCCUUCCGCGCCCGCCCCCGCGGCUCCACCUACGCGGAAGGUAUACGCCGCUGCGCCUGUGAAAGUAACCAAGAAAGAAGAUGCGGGGAAGGAAGGGGCAGCGGGGGAGGCGGAGAAGGGAUCGGGGGGAAACGAGGGGGAGCAGCAGGCGGAAAAAACAGCAGCAGCUGCAGGCAAAGCCAUUCCGGCAAUCCCUCCGCCCCCUCCGCCUGCCCCUGCUCCCACCGCCUCCGCUUCCCCAGCAGCACCAACACCCUCACCACCCCCACCACUACGGUCAGAAGCAGCAGCAGGGCCUUCAGGGGGAUACGGGGGCGGCUCCGCUCAUGCGGGCGGGGCUGCAGGCAUGGCGCAAUACGGAGGGGGAGCGGGGUUUCCCCCAGGGGCAGGGUUCGGCGGAAUGGGCGGAUACGGGGGCAUGGGCGGGGGGAUGGGGGGAAUGGGUGGGGGAGGGUAUGGGGCAGCGGCAGGGGGGUAUGGAGCGGGGGGAGCAGGGUUUGGAGCAGGUGGAGGGGGGUAUGGAGCGGUUGGGGGACAGUAUGGGAUGGGGAGUAGCAAUGGCCAAGGGACAACGCUCUCCGAGUUCCUGGCCAACCCUAAUGCAGCAAGAGCGUCAGGAAAGCCCAUCAACUCGCAGGCGGAGCAGCUGUUUCAAAGGGAUGCAGCCAUGAUCAACCCGGCAGCUUUAGAAGGAGUUAAAGCUGCCCUGGCCAGUAACGUGCCUCUGGGCAUGGCCGGGCAGGCUGCCGGGCAGCAAAAGAAAAAACGGCCGGUGCCGAGAACAGCAGCCGGGCAGAAAUGGGAAGAUCCGACCCUGACUGAAUGGCCUGAGAACGACCAUCGGCUGUUCUGUGGAGAUCUGGGAAACGAGGUGAACGAUGACGUUUUGUCCAAGGCGUUUCAGAAGUACGCGUCGUUCAACAAGGCCAAGGUGGUGAGGGACAAGACGACGGGCAAGACCAAGGGGUACGGGUUCGUGAGCUUUGGUGAAGUGAUGGACUGUGCUGUUGCUCUCAAGGAGAUGAACGGGAAGUACGUGGGCAAUCGGCCAAUCAAAUUGCGCAAGAGCUCGUGGCAGGAGAGGAUCGAUACGGAGGCGCUUAAAUCUCGCAACCGGGGCAGCCGGCCUAAGGAGAAGCGUCAAAAGAAGAAUUUUCUGCACCGGUGA